CGGCCAAUCAGGUGCACGCCAGACUGGGUGCCGGCCAAUGGCGUGCGAGCCCCGCCGAGAGUAAUGUUAGAGAGCUGAAGAGUGAAGACACUGCGUAUCGCCUGUGUUCGCUCAUACACAGCCAUUGCAGAGCAUUGAGGUCCAGCGAUAGUCCCUAGUCAAGGCCACCAAGAUGGGGAAAGAUCCAACCAAGCCGAGGGGGAAGAUGUCCUCCUAUGCGUACUUUGUGCAGACCUGUCGGGAGGAGCACAAGAAGAAGCACCCUGAUGCUUCAGUUAACUUUUCUGAGUUUUCCAAGAAGUGCUCUGAGCGAUGGAAGACAAUGUCUGCCAAGGAGAAGGGCAAGUUUGAGGACCUGGCCAGGCAGGACAAGGCUCGCUAUGAGAGGGAGAUGAUGAACUAUGUUCCUGCCAGGGGAGGAAAGAAGAAAAAGUUCAAGGACCCUAAUGCCCCCAAAAGACCUCCAUCUGCCUUCUUCAUCUUUUGCUCAGAAUUCCGCCCUAAGGUAAAAGGUGACAGCCCUGGACUGUCUAUUGGUGACGUUGCCAAGAAGCUGGGUGAGAUGUGGAACAGCACCGCUUCAGAGGACAAGCAGCCCUACGAGAAGAAGGCUGCUAAACUGAAGGAGAAGUAUGAGAAGGAUAUAGCAGCAUAUCGCGCUAAGGGCAAAACAGGCGGCGGGGCCCCAGGAAAAGCCCCGGCCAAGGCGGAGAAGAAGGACGAUGAUGAUGAUGAAGAUGACGACGAGGAGGAGGAUGAAGAUGAUGAUGAUGAGGAUGAUGACGAGUAAAUGGCAAAUGACAUAUAUAUAUGUAUAGUGGUCAUUUUCUUGUUUAUAAAGCAUUUAAUCCCCUUGUACACACUUCACUUACUGAAAGAAAAUACAUUAGUAUCCAAGGGGUAAAAGAAAAACAACAAAAAAAGGCUGUGUAUAUCAGUUGUUUUUAUGCUGUACAGUUUUUUUCUCCUUUUUGUAUAGUUAACACUACACAAGUAUUGUGUCUGUAUCUUUCUGCCAGUCUUAUUUUCCCAGUGGUAGUUCCUAGACCACUCUCCUGCCUGGUACAGUGUAAAGGGAUGGGCUUACAGUAUUUACCCUAGCUAGAGGUGCACAGCACAUAAAAACGUUCUUGAUUAGAUCGAAGUGUUUCCUUUUUUUUCCUUUUUCCUGUGUGUGCGCGUGUGUGUGUGUGUUUUUUUUUUUAAUGACUUGUCAAAAUGACGUAUCACAGUUGUUUUACUGAUCUUUAUGUACCACUGUAAUAGCAAAAAUAAGAAAAAAAGCCUUGUUUAUUGUUAAAAUUUAAAUUGCUUCUGAUGUCAAUAAACAUUUUUUUUAAUA